AUGGGGCCCUACAUGCAUCAGAGGAACCAACCCAUGUCCCUGCUGAUUAGGAAGCUCAAGUAUGACACGUCGCCAUCUAUGGUACGAGAAAAAUUUAAAAAAUUUGGAGCCAUCAAAGAUGUGUACCUACCGAUAGACUACUACACCAAGGAACCGAGAGGUUUCGGAUUUGUUGAAUUUUACGACCCCAAAGAUGCCGAGCAAGCACUAAAAGAAAUGAACGGGUCGGAGAUAGAUGGAAAUAGAAUAGAAGUUUUUGUAGCCCAAAAGGGAAGGUCAGAUCCAAGACUUAUGAGAUAUAAAGAAAAGGGAGGAGGUAUCCCACCAGGACCAUAUCCCUAUAGAAAAUAUUCAGAUUAUAGAAUCAGAAAAAGAUAUAUUUCUAAAUCUAAUUCUAGACAUAGAUCCUAUUCUAGAGAUAAAAUAAGAAGGAGAGAUGAUAGAUCAAGGGAAAGGUUUAGGUAUAGAAAUAGCUACGACAGAAGGAUGGAUAGUUAUAGGGAUAAAAAAAGCUAUUACCCUAAAAGUAGCUACAAUAAAUAUCGAAAUAAAGAUUACGACCGAAGUUGUAGUAGGAGUAGACGAUCCAGAGAUUACAGAAAUGAAAGUCCAAGAUAUAAAGAAAAAAGAAGGUAUGACAAAUACUACAGAAGUAGCAGUAGAAGAGUGAGCAGAGGAGGAGGUGCUGGGGAUGAUAAGUAUGAACGUAGGAGUAGACAUGACAGAAAGGAUAAUUACAAAUCCAAAUAUGAUAGUAAUGAUGAAUAUAGUGAUGAAACUAGAAAUUCUAGUAAGCAUUCAAAAAAGCAACAUGUUUCUAAAUCUAUAUCUUUUAAUACGGACAAGGAGGAGGCGAGAAAAAAAACUGACAAUGCUAAUGAUAAGGAUAAUUCUAAGGAUUGGCGCGAGAGCGAAGAGAGGAAUGAUGAGCAUAGCAACAGGAGGGAGUCUGUGAAUAGCCAGGAUGAGGAGUCAAAUCUACCAAUAGGUUCACAUUUUGUUAAGCAGGGCGUUAUCCAAAAGCAUAAUUUCAAUUUUCAAGCAUAUAUGCAAAAGUGA